GCAGGGAGAAGGGCUGGAGCCAGAGCUGGGCUCACACACCAGUCACUCACAGAGGACAGGUGUUGAGAGUGAAGUCACUGUGUCCAGCCAGGUAGACAGGCCAUUUCCGGGUGUGGCCUCGUCUUUGGGGGAUCAGAGAGGCCCAGAGGAUCAGUGGAUGAGCAGCAAGGGGGCCACUAAGGAUUGUUGGGCAUUUCCCUCCCCGGGGACAAGGACUCUACCCUGUCCUGAGCUGUGACAGAAUGAAAAGCAGACCAUGGCGUUACACUCAGCUGCCCACCCAGAUGGAGGACACCCUGUCUGGGGAGGAGGGCGAGGAGGAGGAAGAGGAGGAGCCAGCCCCAGCCCCCCAGGACCCUGUGGAGCCUCAGCUGACAGAAGCCAGCCAGGUCCUGGGCGCCUCGGAGAUUAAGCAGCUCAGCCUCCACUUGCCCCCGAGGGUCACCGGCCACCCCUGGAUCCUGGCCUUCUGCACUUCAAGGGACGGCUUCAGUCUGCGGAGACUGUACCGACAGAUGGAAGGCCACGGUGGGCCCGUGCUGCUGGUGUUGAGAGACCAGGAUGGGCAGAUGUUUGGUGCCUUCUCCUCCUCAGCUAUCCGACUCAGCAAAGGCUUCUACGGUACUGGCGAGACAUUCCUCUUCUCCUUCUCCCCACAGCUAAAGGUCUUCAAGUGGACAGGAAGCAACUCUUUCUUUGUGAAAGGAGACCUGGACUCCUUGAUGCUGGGCAGUGGAAGGUGCGUGUCUCUGUCUCCCACGCCUUGGGGUGGCCAAUGUUCUCUUCCAGGGGAGCUGCAGGUGGAAUGGGCGGGCUGUGUCCCCACAUUUGACCAGCUGUCCUCUAAGUCAAGUGAGGAGAGUGGACCACGUGCUUAGCAGCAUCGUAGUCUGAACUGGCUGGGAACGGCCACAUGAAUGAGGUUACGGUCACAGGAUGGGAAAGCCCCAGAUUUCCGAACAAGGGACAAGGCUCAUCGGAAGAGGUGCAUCUGGUUAAGAACACAGCCUGUGAGUGUACCGAUAGGAGUGGGAGGGAAUUAGGGAAGGAAAAUGAAGGCUUCUCCCCCUGGUGUGAUCUUCACACGGAAGCACAUUAAGCUGUACCCUGAAGGCAAAAGAAAGCACUCCUGGAUUAGCAUAGCGCCACAGAGAGGCAGUGGGGCACAGGACACAGCUUCGCCGAUUACCCAGUCACUUCCUACUUCCAGCCUAGGUUCUCUGUCAAACCUGAAGAUUAGAAUGUUCUGAAACUGGGUUGAGGUGAUGGCCGCACCACUGAACAUAGUUGUUAAAAAUCAACGGAUUGUUUAAAAAAUGCCCUGAAUUAUAGAGGACAACACGAGAUCACACACCCUGAGAAGCUGGUAUAAGAGCAGCUAUACUAGGGCUGUAUUGGGAGUGUGGCUAAAGCUGGUGAUGGUGGUCUGUCCCAGAGGCCUAAGACCUGCCACAACUGUGCCAACAUCUUUCUUUCUUUUCUCUUCUAUGUGUGUGUACAUGCAUGUGGAGGACUGACGUUGACAUCAGGUGUCUUCCACCGUCCAUCUCCACUUUAUUUUUGGAGAUAAGGCUAGGCCUCCACAGUUGUCCUCUUUCCCUGUGUGAGGGCUCCAGAAGCACGUGACCUGCCUAACUUUUUAUGUGGGUGCAGGGGGCAGGUCCUCGUGCUUGGGUGGCACACAUCGUACCGGCCGAGCCAUCUCCACAGCCCGUUUCCUCUUCUCCUCAGCGGCCAGUUUGGGCUGUGGUUGGAUGGAGACUUGUACCAUGGUGGAAGCUAUCCCUGUGCUACCUUUAACAACGAAGUGCUGGCCCGGCAGGAGCAGUUCUGCAUCGAGGAGCUGGAGGCCUGGGUUCUGAGCUGACGUC